AUGAUUCCUAAUCUACUAUUAUUAUUCAUCAGUCAAGAUCGAAAAGAAAAAUUAGCAAAAUUCAAUGGCGAUCCCAUCGACUAUUAUAAAUUUCGACAUGACAUACUACAUUAUAUCAUCAAAAAUCCACAAAUUCAAGGACGAUUAAACAAGUUAACCGAAAUCCAAGAUCUGCUGCCUAAUCAUCACCGGUAUUUGUUGAACAGAGUAAUUCGUAACGAAGCAGGCAUUGAAGAUGCAUUGAAAAAGCUCGAUGAUUUUUACGCAUCGGAACAUCAAAUCAUUCCAGCAUUAAAAAAUAAAAUCAAAUUGUUACCGCAUUUGUCACAGAGAGCAACCGUCAAAGAUUGGACGACCUGGCUGGAAACAGUGGUAAUAAUUCGUGAUACAUUAGCCGCAUCCAAUCUGCUACAUGAAGAUUACAAUAUGACGACGUAUAUAUUGGCCAAGGUAGAUGAUGUAUAUCAACAACAAAUCGAUGGUGACCACAAAAUAAAACUAGCACAGCUAGAAGAAUUUCUCGAACGCGGUGCGGCGAGAAAAGCAGCCAUAAGUGGCCGGCUCGACGAAAAUCCAUGGACGACGGCUGAUAAGCCUCGAUCGAUGAUCAGACGUCCCAUCAACAAUGUGAUGAUGACAACCAACAACAAGUGUUUCUUUCAAGAUGGUGAUCAUAAAACUGACGAAUGUAAACUAUCUGGUGAUGCCCGACGGCAGUUCUUGUUUACAAAUCGACUAUGCUUUGGUUGCGGUGAAAGUGGACAUAAUGGCCGGGAGUGUCCAAAAUACUGA